UUCAGUGUUAAAAAAUUGUAAAUAGUUUUAUUCCGAGUUUUAUUAUUUUUUAAUAUAAUAUAGUUUGCAUUGAUUUUUCUUAAAACUAAUCAUUUUGUGUACACAUUUCUGGAAAAAGGAGAAAUGAGUGCCGAUGUUUUAAAAAAAUCUUCACCGAAAACAAAAGAAAAAGAUAUCGAAAAUGGAGCAGAACCUUCUGCACCAAUAACAAAAAAGGGUAUUCUAACUUCAUUCAAGACUGGAAAGCAAAUGGCUAUUCCAGAUACUGAUAUUUUUGGUAGAUGCCGAUUUGUAACGGAAUUUGAAAAAUUAAAUAGAAUAGGUGAAGGAACAUAUGGCAUCGUUUAUCGUGCUAAAGAUACAGCAUCUGACAAAAUAGUUGCUCUUAAAAAAGUACGAAUGGAUCUGGAAAGAGAUGGUAUACCUGUUAGCAGUUUAAGAGAAAUUCAAGUUUUACUAAAUUGUAAACAUGAAAAUAUCGUUCAUCUUAAAGAGGUUGUUGUUGGACGCAGCUUGGAAAGCAUUUUCUUAGCUAUGGAGUAUUGUGAACAGGACUUGGCAUCGUUACUAGAUAAUAUGCAGGCGCCUUUUACAGAGUCUCAAGUGAAAUGUAUAAUGUUACAAGUUUUAAGAGGUUUGAGAUAUUUACAUCAUAAUUUUGUUGUACACAGGGAUCUUAAAGUUUCUAAUUUACUAAUGACGGAUAAAGGAUGCGUAAAGAUUGCAGAUUUUGGUUUAGCCAGAUGGUUUGGUGUCCCACUUAAACCGAUGACGCCCCAUGUUGUGACAUUGUGGUACAGAGCACCUGAACUGUUAUUGCAAGCUCCAACACAAACGACCAGUGUUGAUAUGUGGGCAGCGGGUUGUAUUUUAGGUGAACUUUUAGGACAUAAACCUUUAUUGCCGGGACGAUCUGAAAUUCAACAGCUCGAAUUAAUCGUUGAUUUACUCGGAACACCAUCUGACGCAAUUUGGCCUGGAUUCAGUGAGUUACCUGCACUCCAAAACUAUAGCUUAAAACAGCAACCUUACAAUAACUUAAAACAAAGGUUUCCUUGGCUUUCAGCGGCAGGUUUACGCUUAUUAAAUUUCUUAUUUAUGUACGAUCCACGUAAACGGGCAACAGCUGAGGAAUGUUUACAAAGUAGUUACUUUAAGGAACCACCACUGCCUUGCGAUCCAAAAUUAAUGCCAACAUUCCCUCAACAUAGAAACAUUAAAAGUAGUAAGUCAUCGACAUCAGAUCAAAAUACUGGAGCAGGAGACCAAACCAACAAUUUACCGGCCAUAUCAGAUUUGCUUGGCUCUAUAGUUAAAAAAAGAAGAAUGGAAUAAAUAUUUAAAACAUUUAGGUUGUACACGUUAAUUAAGAAAUUUAGUGUUACUGAUUUAUAAAGAAUAAAUGAAAUAUCUUUCAAA